AUGAGAAACAAGCCAAUCAGCAUUGUGGCGUCUGCUCAAACUGCCAUUGGCUGGCUGGUCACCCGCUCAUGCCCCUCCUCCCUGGUCACUAACCUGCCUUUUCUGCCUCCAGUCUGCAAGUUCACGGCCCACGAGCGCUGCGCCCGCCUGGCACCCCUCAGCUGCAUCAGCACCUACGCCAAGUCCCGCAAGGACACCAGCGCGCAGAGCCACGUGUGGGUGAAGGGCGGCUGCGAGGCCAGCAAGUGCGACAAGUGUCAGAAGAAGAUCAAGAGUUUCCAGAGCCUGACGGGGCUUCACUGCGUCUGGUGCCACCUCAAGAUCCACGAGGAGUGCCAGCCCAGCGUGCCCCUGACCUGCGACUGCGGGGCUCUGCGGGACCACGUCCUGCCCCCUUCGGCCAUCUACCCUGUCGUGCUGGAGAGGCAGAACAGCCAGAAGAACGAGGGCGGGACCCCGGUGGAGGAGACGCCACAGCCCUGCACCACGCCCGAGGGCCAGGCGCUGCGGAUCAUCCCAGUGCCCGACACCCACCCCCUCCUGGUCUUCGUCAACCCCAAGAGCGGCGGGAAACAGGGGGAGAGGGUGCUCCGGAAGCUCCAGUAUCUCCUCAACCCGCGGCAGGUUUACAACCUGAUGAAGGGGGGCCCGGCCCCCGGGCUGAACUUUUUCCGGGACGUGCCAGAUUUCCGGAUCCUGGUGGGGGGGGGGGGAGGCCCCGGGGGGGGGAUCCGGGACGCCAUCGAUAAAGCCAACCUGCCCCAGCGCCCCCCGGUGGCCGUGCUCCCGCUGGGCACCGGCAACGACCUGGCGCGGUGCCUGCGCUGGGGAGGAGGCUACGACGGGGAGAAUCUGCGGAAGAUCCUGAAGGACAUGGAGAGCAGCAGCGUCCUGCUCAUGGACCGGUGGCUGGUGCAGGUGACCCCCGAGAACCCCGCGGAGAAGGGGGAUCCCGUCCCCUACGAGAUCAUCAACAACUACUUCUCCAUUGGCGUGGACGCCUCCAUCGCUCACCGCUUCCACCUCAUGCGGGAGAAGUACCCCGAGAAAUUCAACAGCCGGAUGAAGAACAAACUCUGGUAUUUUGAAUUUGCCACGUCCGAGACCAUCUUCGCCACCUGCAAAAAGCUCAAGGAAUAUCUGACCAUUGAGUGCUGUGGGCAGCCCCUGGACCUGAGCGGAGCCCUGUCGGGGGUCGCUGUCCUCAACAUCCCCAGCAUGCACGGCGGCUCCAACCUCUGGGGCGAGACCAAGAAGCCGCUGGGCGAGGCCCGGAAGGUGGGCGGCGGGAGCCAGCCCGAGGCCGUCACCGAUCCGGAGAUGCUCAAGACCUGCGUGCAAGACCUGAGCGACAAGCGGCUGGAAGUGGUGGGGCUGGAGGGCGUGAUCGAGAUGGGGCAGAUCUACACGGGCCUGAAGAGCGCAGGCAAGCGGCUGGCCAAGUGCUCGGAGAUCACGCUGCGGACCCUGAAGUGCCUGCCCAUGCAGAUCGACGGGGAGCCCUGGAUGCAGCCGCCCUGCACGAUCAGGAUCACCCACAAGAACCAGGCGCCCAUGCUCCUGGCCCCGCCUCCCCGCUCCUCCAGCUUCUUCGGCAUCAAGAAGGGACCCCAUGAGUCGUAGGGGGGGGCCCAGCUGGGGGACAAGGACCC